AUGCCCUCGCGCAGCAGCGCCAUCGUCCUGCUGGUGACGGCGCUGCUGGCGUUCGUCUGGCCCGCAUGCGCCCUGACGACGCUCGACGACGACGACCUGCGACAGAUCCCCUCGCCCGGCGACGACUUCGAUAUACACAAUGGCAAGCUGCUGGCGCCGAUACUGAUUCCCCGCGUGCCGGGGACCGAGGGCUCCGAGAAGACGCAGCGCCACUUUGCCGACUUCUUCAAGAGCAACUUGCCGGAGUGGCAGCUCCUCUGGCAGAACUCGACAUCCAGGACGCCCGUGACGGGUGAUCGAGAUGUGCCGUUUGCGAACCUCAUUUUCCGACGCGAUCCGCCCGGGGCGCCGACGGGCGAGGUGUCGCGGCUGACGCUCGUCGCGCACUUUGACAGCAAGUACGAGCCGACGGGAUUCAUCGGCGCCACCGACAGCGCCGCGCCGUGCGCCAUGCUGAUGCACGUCGCGAGGAGCAUCGAGAGUGCGCUCAAGGCGAAAUGGAGCGAAGAGGGCGAACACGACGGGCUUGAUGUGGCCCAUGGAGUGCAGAUUGUGCUGCUAGACGGCGAGGAGGCGUUUCUACACUGGACGGACGAUGACUCCCUCUACGGUGCAAGAUCCCUUGCUGCGGAAUGGGAAUCGCACUUCCACCCUUCCAUGUCUACCUACCGAACCCCCCUCGACUCCAUCAGCCUUUUUGUGCUGCUUGACCUUCUCGGCUCGGCGGGUCCCAAGAUCCCGUCCUAUUUCCUGACGACACACUGGGCAUACAAGAACAUGGCCACCAUAGAAAAGCGCAUGCGUGACCUUGGGCUGCUCGAAACCAAACCUACGCACGCGUUCCUGCCCGAGGCAGAGAAGCACUCUGGCGAAUUCUCAGCGUGGAUGAGCAUCUCCGACGACCACGUCCCCUUUAUGCACCGUGGCGUGGACAUUCUCCACGUCAUUCCGUCGCCCUUCCCUGAAGUCUGGCACAAGAUGGAGGACGACGGCGAGCAUCUUGACCUGCCGACCACGCGCGACUGGGCCAAGAUCGUGACGGCAUUCACGGCCGAGUGGAUGGACCUCAAGGGUCACAUGCCGAAACAGAGUUCAACAAAACAGAAGCGGAGUGUAACGACUGCUGCUACCAGCUCCAAGACUGAGCUAUAG